AUGCAAAUUCCUGCAUUGGAAUGGGAAGAGGAAGUGUAUCCACCUUAUGCAAACGGACCAGGCUAUGUGAUUUCAUCAGAAAUAGCUGAGUACAUCGUAUCCGAGUUUGACAACCAGGCACUGAGAUUGUUCAAGAUGGAAGACGUGAGCAUGGGCAUGUGGGUUCAGAAGUUCAACAAGACUCGCCAGCUAGUGGAGUAUUCGCACGAUGUCAAGUUCUUCCAGGCCGGCUGCUUCGACGGCUACUACACCACGCACUACCAGUCGCCGCAGCACAUAAUCUGCCUGUGGAGGAAGCCGCAGUCCGGGAGUGCUCAAUGCUGCAAUGCCAGAUGA